UUACACCAUACCCAAAUUCUAGCUUACACCAAACGCUCCAUGGAUGAUAGUACCGUUGCUCCUGCCAUAAUUCAAGAUGGCCAUGAACACAUCGAAAAAGUCUCUGCUGCCACAAGAAAACCCUCCACGGGUGGCUGGAAUGCGGCCAUUUUCAUCAUUUUUGUGGAGGUGGCAGAGAGAUUCGCUUACUUCGGUUUGUCUGGAAACCUCAUAACAUAUCUCACAAACGAUCUCCAUGAGUCCACUGUCACUGCAGCCAAGAACGUCAACACCUGGAUUGGCGUCUCCUCCAUCUUUCCUAUACUCGGAGCAUUUCUAGCCGAUUCCUUUCUUGGCCGGUUCAAGACCAUUCUUCUAUCCACAACCAUAUUUUUCAUUGGCUUGGUUCUGUUGACGUUAACAGUCUCAACAACAAUCCCAAUGAGUCACCGCGAAUCGGUGUUCUUUCUUUCUCUUUAUAUACUAGCUAUUGGUGAAGGUGGACACAAGCCAUGUGUACAGACCUUCGCCGCGGAUCAGUUCGAUGAGGAGAAGCCAGAGGAGAAGUCAGCCAAGAGCUCAUUCUUCAACUGGUGGUACUUGGGCAUAGUAGCUAGUGCAACCGCAGCAGUCUUGGUGGUCGUUUACGUCCAGGAUAAUGUUGGAUGGACAGAAGGAUUUGGGAUGAUGGCAGGAGUAGUGGCGGCGGCGUUGGUUAUAUUCUUGGUAGGAAUAAAGAGAUACAGGAAAGAGGCACCUGUUGGGAGCCCAUACACGGCAGUGAUGCAAGUGCUGAUAGCGGCAGCAAGGAAGCGGCAAGUGGAUGGGACGGGGCAGGGGUGGGGCAUUUGCUAUGAAAAUUAUGACAAAGAUGGGGCUGACCUCGAGGUCCACGGUCAACCUAGGCUUCGGACACUGGCUCGCACUAAACAAUUCAGGUUCUUGGACAAGGCAAUGAUAAUUGACAACAUCGAUGCCUCAAGCAAUGCCAGAAAUCCAUGGAGGCUCUGCACCCUAAACCAAGUGGAAGAAGUGAAGUUAGUCUUCCGCCUGAUCCCCAUAUGGCUAAGUUGUUUAAUGUUCACAGCCAUAAUAGUUCAAACCAACACAUUUUUCACCAAGCAAGGCAGUACAAUGAUCAGAUCAAUCGGAUCAAACUUCCAGUUUCCUCCAGCAUCACUUCAAUCCCUUAUAGGCGUCACGAUCCUCAUUGCCGUCCCGACUUAUGAUCGAGUUUUCGUCCCGAUGGCCAGAAAAAUAACAGGACACCCCUCUGGUAUAACCAUGCUUCAAAGAAUAGGCAUUGGCUUAUUCCUAUCCGUUCUACAAAUGGCAGUGUCAGCUCUAGUAGAGACUAAAAGGGUCAGCACUGCAAGAGACCAUGGCCUUCUGGACAACCCAAAGGCAAUAGUACCAAUGGCGGUGUGGUGGUUGCUCCCACAAUACAUGCUCAGUGGACUAGCCGAUCUGUUUGCAGUGGUUGGGUUACAAGAACUGUUCUAUGAUCAAGUGCCGGAAGCGAUGAGAAGCAUGGGAGCAGCUGCAUAUCUAAGUAUACUUGGACUUGGGAGCUUCAUAAAUAGUGCCGUUAUAUCUGUAGUGCAGGCUAUUACCUCUAAGUAUGGACAUGUUUGGCUUGGAGAUAAUCUGAAUCGUGCCCAUCUUGAUUACUUCUACUGGGUGAUGGCAGUAUUGAGUGCUUUAAAUUUGUGUGUCUAUGUAUGGGUUGCUAACGGUUUUGUAUACAAGAAAGUUGAAGGUGAAGAAACAGAGGAGGGGGAGAAAGAGUUGGUUCUUGAAGGGCAUUUAGAUUUGAACAUUUGAGACUGUCUAUAAAUGUGUGUGUGUGUAUAUAUAUAUAUAUAUAUAUAUAUAUAUACAGAAUCAAGCUGGUAAAUUAGUGUUUUGUACUUGGAAUUUGCUUGUCUAAUCUUAGAUAUAUACUAGAUUGUGAAAUCAUGAUCGGCACAACAGAAACCAUUUUGCUAUAUUUCGUUCAUAUUUUUCAUCAAUCUAAGCAUUUGGCACCAAUU